AUAUCCGCAGUACCCAAGUUCCUUUCAUAACUCUUAUCUUUCCAUUGUUUUCUCAUUUUGAAAUCCUUGGGAAAUGGGAGUUAGAGAAACUGAACAAGAGGAUUUUGGAGAUGAGGCGGAGGAAACACUUUCCUUCUGUGAUUUUGUAAUCAACAGCGAGAGUCAGGAGAAUGAAUACGUCUCCGAGGUAGGGAAGAGCUUGUCAUCUAGUCGAGAUUCCUUCGAGUUCUCCAGUGGAGAUCAUUUCUCUGCUUUGUCAAGUUAUCCUGUAGAUAACUUCAUGUUCUGCGGGAAACGCAUUCCUUACGGGGAUCCAGCAGUAACGAAGAAACGUCAAAGUCCCGACGAAGGAUGCAAGCAACAGGAACCAGUAAAGUCAAAAUCGAAAGGAGAAAAGACUACUCCUGCCGGGAAAUGUGGUGAUAAGUUUGAUUUGUUUGCAAAGGGAGUGCCCAUGCUAGCAACUCCGGUGAAGUCAAGGUGGAACUUGUUUGUGUUUGGAGUGGGAAGGUUUCCUAUGGAGAUGGAGCUGAGGGACAUGAAGAUGAGGCAGAGCCGGAGGAAUCGAGUCAUGACGUCUAAAUCAAAAGGUGGAGAUGAAAUGAUGAAGGCGAGCUGCACAGGGAAGGGGCUGUGGAGAAGGCUGCGCACGGUUCUGGGGUUUUAAGACUCGGAAUGCAAAUACCUUCUUCGCGUGUAUCUCAAGUAUAUGAUCCUGUAGUCCACAUUCCAUACAAUAUUAGGAGAUGAAUGUUUGAAAUUCAUAAGCACACCAUGGUGAUGGUGCAAGCAAUUUUUUUUUUAG